CUAGUUCACACCAUUCUCAAACUCCUGUCAAAACCCUACACCCUAAACCAUGGAUUCUUUUGAAACCCUUUUCAAUUACCAGUUCUCGGCAACUAAUAUGGCUAUUAGUCUCUUUGCUUUUGCUCUGUACUACUUGUUAGUAUGGAGACCAAAUACAAAAUCUUUUCUUAAGAUGAAAAAUCAGGCACCAGAACCAGCUGGAUCAUUGCCGGUCAUUGGUCAUCUCCAUCUAAUGGACCGAUCGAUCCCACACCACAGAGCUUUGGGAGCCAUGGCUGACAAAUAUGGACCAGUAUUCACUGUUCAAAUCGGUGUACACCGUGCACUAGUAGUGAGCAGUUGGGAGGGAGCAAAGGAAUGUUUUACCACCAACGACAAGAUCUUCAUUUCUCGACCACAUCAAACAAUAGGGAAAUAUAUCGGUUACGAUGAUGCGAUGUUAAGUUUCAAUUCUGAUGCACAUUAUUGGACCGAAAUUCGUAGAAUAAUGAAAACUGAACUUCUUUCCAAUAAUAGGCUCUCACUGGUAAAAAAAGUAUGGGAAUCUGAAAUCUCAACAUCAAUUAAAGAACUGUACGACGCAAAAUGGGGUGGUGAUGGAACCAAAGGAACUCAAAGAGCUCCACUUUUGGUUGAGAUGAGGCAAUGGAUUGGUGAUCUAACCCUUAAUAUGUCUUCCAGGAUGAUUGCAGGGAAGAGAUGCUUUGGUGAUGCUACCGACCGAGAAGCAGAAAAGUGUCAAAAGGGAUUGAGAGGCUUUGUUAAAGCAAUGGGUCUGAUUACUCUUGGGGACAUGAUACCGUCCCUUAGAUCGUUGGAUUUGGACGGCCAAGAAAAAGAGAUGAAGAGUGCUGGAAAGGAUCUGGACCGUAUCCUAAGUGGCUGGUUGGAAGAACACAAAAUGAAGAGAUCACGCUCAUCCUUAACAGAUGAUCAGAAGGAUUGGAUGGAUCUGAUGUUGUCAGUUGUGGAGAAAAAUUCAAAGCUACAGGGUUAUUCUGACGCAGAUACAAUCAACAAAGCUACAUGUCUGGGUCUAUUGCAGGGUGGCGGCGUUUGGACAAUGUUUGCUGUACUCUGGGCCGUUGCUUGUCUAGCAAAUAAUCCACAUGUGCUGAAGAAGGCUCAAGAUGAGUUGGACAACCAUGUUGGAAAAGAAAGACCAGUGGAAGAAUCCGAUAUCAAGGACCUCACAUACAUCCGAGCUAUGAUUAAGGAAGUGAUGCGUCUAUAUGCAGUGUCUAUGCGUCUAUUUGAAUCCACCGAGGAUUGCACUGUUGCAGGGUACCACGUUCCAGCAGGAACUUUAUUAGUCGUGAAUGCUUGGAAGAUUCAACGUGACCCAGGAGUCUGGUCGGAUCCAUUAGAAUUCCUCCCUGAAAGAUUUCUUACUAGUCCCUACAAAGACAUGAAUUUCAGCGGUCAACAUUUUGAGUUUGCACCUUUAGGAUCCGGUAGAAGAUCUUGCCCUGGAACUUCUCUGGGUCUUCAAAUGGUGGAGAUGAUAAUUGCUCGUUUGGUUCAUGGAUUUGAGUUCAAACCACCAUCAAAUGCACCUGUUGAUAUGACUGAAGCUGUUGGUUUCGCCAAUAUGGUUAAAGCUACACCACUUAAAGUUUUGGUUACCCCAAGACUCCCUAAGGAGCUUUACGUUUAAGAAUCAGGAGAUGCCUGUUAUCGUGUAAGAAGCCACUUGUGAAAUACGUACCUAGUGUAAGAUCCACGUAAUACUUAGAUCUCUGAAGUGUGAUGUGUUUGAUUGCUUAAAUAAAUUAGAAGAGUGCUCGAAUCUCUGAAGUGUGCUGUGUUUGCUUGCUUAAUUAAACAAAAUAGAAGAGUGUGUGUAUGGAUAAAACUAUGGCUUUGGUUACUGGCCGGGAGGCUUGGUACUCAAAAGUCAGAUGUCAAAAUCCUAAUAAAUUUGUAUUUAUAAUUAAAAUAAUUAAGUUUCUAUACACUUUAGGAUUAGGUUUUGAUGGGGACGGAUUGUAAAGUUACUGAAUGCUGCAAGAAACAUGUGGAAAGGGUUCAAGGC